GUAUGAAAUUAUUGGCUCUCAAGGGCGACGCACGUAAUCCAGCUUCUGGAGGUUACGGUGUAGAUAAUCGAAGAGUGGCUAGUAGGGUGCGGUUCUGACCUUUACAAGAACCGUCAGCUGGUAGAAUUCAGCUUCACUGCGUCAUAGUACAUCUUCCGUUUGGUAUAAUCUUCGUUGAAGCUAUCUUAACUUAUUGUGCUAGACCUGUCUGUGAUGAUUCUGCGAAAUCACAAACUCACAACAUUUUGGUAUUCAGGCCACUAAAGAUUCGCAAGUUUUUCAGGUCUAGAGUUUUUUUCAAAGCAUGAUCAGAUUUUUCCCAGCAUUGGACUUUCCUCCCGAAUUUUACCGAUCGGUAAACUGAACUGACACAUCGAGGUGUCAUUUCAAAAGUACAAUCUACAACAUACCAAGAAUAACAAGCUGUAAUGACUUACCCGCACCAAUUUGGAACGAAUACGUUAGUGCAACAUUAAUGAGCAUAUAACCAAACCGAUAAAAAGUGAAAAUAGUUUUUGAUCGUUAGUUUUAGAAUAUCCUAACGAAACAUAUGACUAUAUGCAUGAAGAACGCCACUUUUUCACGUACACUUUCUUACAGUGCUUACGUAUUUAUUAUUUUGUAUCGUGCAUGUAAGCUCAGUAUGCGAAAACAGUUUUAUUCUUAAAGUCUUUCCCAUGGAGUCACUUGGUUUUGAAUUAGUAACAUAACACCUGAUCGAUCAAAUUUCCCGCAACUCUGACACUGAAUUGCUCGGUAAAAACGGUAAUAAUUUAAGCUGGUUUCGUUUUUAGUCCCGUGCAGUGCUUAUUAAGUUGCUCAUUUGCGUUGGUAGAACGUAACUCAACAGUGAUUUCACCGCUUUUCUAGGUUUUGUCUCACUGGUAUUCUAUAAGUUUCCUAUCUUGAUUGUAACAAAAACAAUAGCAACUUGCGAGAGCUCACAGUACAAGAUGUUCUAACGGUUUUUUAAAAAUAUGGGCCUAGUAACUUAUGUAUUUUAUUUCUUGGAAGUCACUGGUCUCAAUCCCAGUUGCAUAAACCGGAGGAACUCCAAAUCACAAAGUCCGCGAAUUAACGUCAAGUUCGUCCACCUGUACUUGUUUACUAAUUUGCUGGAAAGUUUAGAAUCCCUGGUAGAUCCUAUAUUUUGCUUACAUCCUUCAUUUUCUAGGAUAGCAAUCCUUUUUUCCGUGUCGAUUACUCAUAUACCGAGAGACCUGCCAUAACAAAAGUGUGCAUUGCUCUAUACUUCGACUAAGAAAAAAAUUGUCUUGCGAAAUGCCUAUCCGGUCAAAACGAAGUCUGCUAAAAGUACUACUCAUUGAGGUUAGAAUCGGACAAAAUAUUAAAAUUAUUAAAUUAAAACGCGUUUCACAAAGCGAUCUUCACCGUUUUGAUAAACUUAAUGCACCUAACUCUCCAGAAAAUUAUAUAUUUAAUGCUAAUCCACACUAUUGAGGAUCAUAUCACAUAUAGACUAAGAAACAAGAAAUGCUAGUCUUUCCAUAUGGUAUCUCUUGGUCCCAUCAUUCUUGCUGUUAAUAACCGAAAGUCUAAAGUCGUAACUUGAGAGACUCAAUAUGUUUAUGGAAAAUAAAAGCCACUGUACUAGUUGAAACCAAGCUAAGUUUUUCACACAGUUUCUGAUGACCGUCUAAUUGUGUGCUGUAGUUAACAAUGCCCUCGUCCUUACAUCUUGUUGAUUGAGAAACGCUUCAAAAUUUGUGUGAACUUGGUAGUAUUGUACCAGCCUGUACUAUUAGACCGUUAUAUUGUUCGCUGGAUUGUGGACUUGAUACUCUUACCAAUUUAGGAUUGGAGGAUGAACAAUUAGAAGUAGCUGGAUAAUAACAAUAUUAAUUCGCAAGUGAUUGGAAGUAUGAAAUGGUAGCUCAUUGGUUAGGGCGUGUGACUUCCAUGCAUUUAGUCUCAGGUUCGGACUCCGAUUUACUGACUCCUUCUGGGCUACCGGAUAGGAUAACUUCUCUUCACAUUUAAAGCGUGGUUUGGACCCGAGAACACGUUUUUUGUCAAUAGUAGUGGUAAUAAAGUAAAAGCUUAAGCUGCUCUAAGCUUUAUCGAGACAGCUAUAGAAAAUCUAACAGGUUCAUCAUUAUGUCAUUAUUGGCUUUCGCUUUAAGAUUCCUAACCUUCUUGCUCGAUGUCUGGCUCUAUUAUUAUUUUUGUGAAUUAUGGAUUACAUUUAUUUGCAAUGCUUGCACAUGUAGUAUUUCAGUCCGGUGAUUUAUCAACUUUUUCUACCUCCAUCAAAUACUACUUCACGUUUAAAACAAAAUUGCGUUUUUGUCUUCCUUCUGGGAAACAAAUGAACGAAUCCUUAGCUAAUGGGAUUAUCAAACCUAUGAUUUGUGGUUUAUGCAGGAAAACGUCUUCAUAUAUCUGUCCUCGAUGUAGCAUUAAUUAUUGUUCACUGACUUGCUAUCGAAAUGAAGCGCAUAAAGACUGCUCUGAAUCAUUUUACCGAGAUUGUUGUAUUGAAUCACUGCGCUGUACCUUUUCUAAGAAAUCAGAAAGAUCACACAUGAAAGAAGUGUUAAGGCGUGAAUCAUGUGCUUUAUCAGAUGACUUCCAGUUAGCAAAUGUGAAAUUUCAGGUAGACAAUGAUUAUACAGAUGAUAAGAAUGAGAGUAUUGAAGAUGAUUUGCAAACUCGUUUGGGUGAUUUAAAUUUGGAAACCGAAGAUGUUAAUGUCAUCUGGUCAUGUUUGACCCUGAAAGAAAAACGAGAUUUCAGUAGACUUAUUCAGUCAAAUGCUAUCGUUCAUUUCAUACCAACAUGGACUCCCUGGUGGUUAGAGCAAAAACCAAUUAUUGAAGAAGUAAAUCAACAGAAUGCUUCAGUGGACAAAUCGCGAACCUUACCUAGUGUUCAAUCGUUAAGUCAACUUUUGCCAUCCGGAAUAUCGCCUCACCCUUCAGUUGGGUAUAUUUUAGCAGAUGUAUUGUUGGGAUAUGCUUUUGUUAUGAGAUUUUAUAAUGGUGACUACAUGGACUUAAUCGAUGAUGCAGGAACUCUUCUGUGUAAUAUAGUUUUAUCAUUCACAAAAUCUCAGACUAUUUCAGUCUCAUCACUGAAUACUACUACUUCUACUAAUAAUAAUUCAUCAGAUUAUUUAAAGAAAACAAGAAUAAUUAGAAGACAGAGUGGAACUAAUCCAACUCAUCAAAUAUAUAACUGUAUAAAUGAAAUUCUCGCCGCAAUUCAAUAUAAACUUAUGGAGCUAAAUUUACCUUGUCAUCCUUCAAUUAUGAUACUAUUGCUUGAAGAUCUUAGUCAUUUAUUAGAUAGUAUUGGAUUUUGUAAUAAAGCACUGAAAGACGUGAAUAAAUUAAUAGUGAAUUUCAGGAAAACUCUACGUGCUGUAAAUUCAAAUGAAAACUUACGAUUAAAAGCAAAUGUUGCUCACCAUAAAAUAGUCUUUCUUCAAGCUUGCCUUGAUGAUAACAAUCAAUUGGCUAAACGUUGGCAAACAAAUGUUUUACCAAAAUUAUGGAAUCAAAUAUCUAAUGAAUUAAUCCAACGAAUUAAUGAUAUUGAAAACUCAAGUACAGAUAGACGUGAUGAAAAAUCUGCUGGUCCAAAUUGGCGCAAUAUUAUUCGAGAUGAAAAUGUCUACAAAAGUUCUUAUUGUCGUACGUUAGUCGAGUCACUUGAUACUAAUAACUAAAUGCUUCAUAAUUUCUUGAGUACCUGUACAUAAUAUACAUAUUUUAAUAUUUGCUUAUGGCAAUAAAUCUAACAUUUUAUC